GUCCCUAUUGCAACUGCUGAUCCGGGCACUUCCUCAGUUCGGGUGAAGAGGGAGAAACCAGACUCUCUCCAAGCCUCCGCUCGGGCCGUGACGAAUCCCAAGUCUACUCCUUUUCCGAGCAUGGUAAGGCUUGGUUACCUUUCUCAGAAUCAAGCUGUCGCCAACACAUCAAAGAUGGCUGGAAGGGUGCUCGUUCGGUUCCAGUGCACUCUCUGCUCAAAAACUUUUUCCAGAUCAGGCACUUUAAAGGUAAAUGUUUAUUUUAGAACUUACACAUUUUCCCGCGCUUGGUACUGGACGAUUGUUUCUGCUUGGUUCAACUACUUAGAAAAUCAAGGAACCUCUCACACACUUGCCAACGGAUUUGUUCAUGACAGAAUAUACUCGGUGCCGUAAAUUAAUGUUUUUCCUAUUUUCAGGUUCAUAUGCGGAUUCAUACUGGCGAGAAACCUUUCCAAUGCCGGUUCUGCUCGAAACAAUUCGCUCAAUCCGGGAACCUUUCUUCUCAUGAAAGGAUCCACACAGGUGAAAAGCCAUUUGAAUGCAAGUACUGCGGAAAACGUUUCACCCAGUCCUCCGCGCAGAAAAGCCAUAUGAUGACUCAUAUUAACAAGCAACUGCUAUGA